UGCCAUUAAUCAAUGAGAAUGAUACCUAAAACAAAACAAAAUCAAACAUCCCCAUUACGAACACAACAACUUCACCGCCUUUCUGGGUCUAGUCAACCACUCCUUUGUGUGCAAAUCUCUCACUAUAAAAGGAGAAACAUCUAUUACCCCGUCUACAUUCAACUCAACAUUCAAUUCUCACAACCCAGCCCAAGGCAUUCAAAAAAAUAAUAAUAAAAUAAAAACAAAAAAACAAGAGGAAAUCAUAAAUAAAGCAUUUUUCCAAGAUGUUCAACAAGCCACUGCCUUCUAUUCUCCUUGCAUUAGUACUAAUUGUAAACGUUCAGAGGGCAAUUUUUGUGGCUGCAGUUGGCCCGGGCAAGCCAGUUCUCGAAAUGUACAUGCAUGACAUUCUUGGGGGCAGUAGCCCCACGGCAAGGCCAGUCACCGGCCUGUUGGGCAACAUCUACAGUAGCCAAGUGCCCUUUGCCAAGCCGAUAGGGUUCCGCACCCCGGAUAGCGGUGUGGCCAUCCCCAAUGCCAAUGGAGCCAUCCCGACCGUCAAUGGGGUCACUGGUCUCCCGCUGGGAACUGGGUUGUCAGGCACGUCUUUUGCAGGGAAUGUUGACACCCAAAAAAGCAACAUCCAGACACAACUAGCAGCCGAUGGGUUGGGACUAGGCUUUGGAACUAUAACCGUUAUUGAUGACAUACUGACCACAAGUCCGGAUUUGGGGUCACAGAGUCUCGGCAAGGCUCAGGGAAUCUACAUCGCAAGCUCGGGAGAUGGAGCAAAACAGCUCAUGGCUUUCACUGCUAUGAUGGAAGGUGGGGAGUUCAAUGAUAAUCUCAAUUUCUUUGGGGUCUACACAAUUGGGAGUACAAUGUCACAGUUGUCUGUAACUGGUGGGACUGGAAAGUUCAAGAAUGCUUACGGGAUUGCUGAGCUCCGGCCUCUCAUACCUCCGGGCCAAAUCGCAACAGACGGUGCAGAAACUUUGCUCAGAAUCACUGUGCAUCUUAAGUACUGAAGAGCUUGUUGU